GAGGCAGGCAUUACUGUUCACUAUAGUCCAGCGCUUCAUACUUGAAAGGACCUAUAUUUUCACCUUCUCAUAUCACCUCAAUGUUUAGAGCUAAACAUUGCUUAGGAGUUCACGAGUAUGAUACGUUAAAUUCUUAGUUAGGGCUCAGGGCCCAUAGCCCUGUGUGGAGGCUGGCCAAUGAGCGCACACGCCACGAACGGCGGGGUCGGGGGAAGCCGGGCACUACUGGUUUACAGCACCGUUAAACAACGCUACUAUAUUGUUGCUCGAGGUUCGGGAAGAUGCCAAACACAAGUGCUUCGCGUCGCCGAGCACUCUGGAACACUUCAAUACCGCAACACAAAGGGCCAGGACAUCUUUGACAGCGAAGCGGCUGCGUUGGAGCAUUUGAAGGCCGCGGAUGGUCCCAUACAGACGCUGGCCGCAGCGCCAUACAUCCUUGGGUACGUGGUCAUUGGACCGUGGGGCCUCCUCCUCGUGGCGGAGAAGUUCCGUGUUUCUGCUGUCCUCCCUGGCAACCAUGAGGUCAAGACGGUCACGAAGUCCCACUGGCUCAAGAUACCCCUGCAGACCAUUAUGUCCAUGCAGUCAGUCCAGGCUCCUGAAACGGGCGCUAAGGACGAGAAAGCAAUGAAGGACGAAAUCGACAAAGGAAUUGAGCGCCUCCUGUCCUUCCCCAUUGACGGUGCACACUUCCUGUGCGAGACGCUGGACAUCACGCGGCCUUUCCCCUCGUACCGCGCCGUCAAGGAUCCAAGCUGGGACUUUGUCUGGAACCGUUGGAUGUCAGCACCGUUCAGGAACCUGGGGCUUGAUCACCUCUGCCCCCCCUUGCUGCAGGGGUUGUGCGAGUCGCGCUUGCUGGAGGACUUCGAUGGCGCCAAAUACUCGAUGGCUUGCAUCAGCCGCCGGGGCUGCCUGCACCCGGGGCCGCGGUACAAGGCGCGUGGGCUAAACGACUAUGCGGAGCCGGGGAACGAGCUGGAGGUGGAGCAGGUGAUCUGGCUGCAGCGAAGCCGGGACAGCAAGCUCUUGUGGAGCCGCUACACCUGGCGGCGGGGAAGCGCGCCGCUGUGGUGGGGCGUGAGCAUCAAGAACAACGGCAUUGGCGAGGCGGAGAUAAAGAUCCACCCGCACAACACCUUCAAGGGCUCUAAGCGGUACGUGAGACGCCUUCAGAAGCGCUACACGCCACAUUCCGAGCUGGACCCGGACCCGCCGCCGGUCGGCCCCGACGGAGACCCCUCCCGGCUGGUGCCGGUGACAUUUGUGAGUUUGCUGCGCAAGGGCCUGCCGGACCGGGAUCGCUCAGAGGCGAAGCUGGCGUCCGCGUUCGACUUCGUGGUCGCCCAGCUGCGCAAGGAGCAUGGGCUGAACCUGAACUACAUCGCACUGGACUGGCACGAAAUGGACAAGCAGCUUGGGCACGUGGGCAUUGUGGAGGCGUUCUGGAACACGGUCAAGGACAUCCUCCCGGCGCAUGGGUUUGCGCUGGGCCAGCUGGUCAAAGUCGGCCCCGAUCACACGGAGGUGUGCCUGGACCUGGAUGGCUAUGUCAGCGGCGCAGCUCGCGUGGACGACGGUACCGGCAUUGUGGCGCCGCGCGUGUCCGCCGCCGGCAUUGGCUGGCAGGCGCACUGGCUGCGGCAGCAACGUGGCGUGACGCGGUACAACUGCGCGGACUCCCUGGACCGGACCAAUGUGGGCUCGUUCUUUGGGGCCGUACAGGUGCUCAUAGAGCAAUGCCGCGAGCUGGACAUUGCCAUCGCACGUACCCGCAUCACCUCGGACCAUCUGGCGCUGCAGGCCGCUCGCGGCGCCCGGGACCCUCGCACACUGGUGCGACCAGCCUCCUCAGCCAGCGUUGGCGCCGUUUUUGCAACUGCCGGCACGUCGGGUCCUUACGCCGGCACGACAGGCGGCGGCAGCGGCAGCGUUUUUGCGCAGCAGCAGUCCUCGUCCUUGGGUGGCGUUAACCCGUUCUCGGUUGCGCCAGGCAGUGGUGCUGGGACACCGCUGGCGGGCAGCUCGGCUGCAGCGGCCGCCGGGAGCCUUUUAGCGGCUGGCUUUGCGGGUCGCAGCGCUGUGGCUGGGGCGAUGAUUGAGAAGAUUGGGAAGCAGGUGGCCACGGGGCUGACCACCAUGAUGCAGCCACUCGCAACGGCAGACGGCCGGAGCCCCCUGCGCACGGCCUUCCCGGCCCCAGCAGCCGCAAGCCCCGGGGUGGCGGCGGCGGCUGGCGGAUCUGGGUCGUCGUCACCGCUGCCGCGACCGCCGUCGGCGUCCGUGCCAAAUGCGGGGGCAGCCGCGGCGGCCGUACCCGGUGCAGGGACUGUUCCUCUGCCGUCUAGCAGCAGCGCCGGCGCCACCGGAGCAGCAGCAGCACCUACGGCGGAAGCGCUGCAGCGGAAAAUCAACAUUGCUCCGGACGGGCUGCCGCUGCCACCGGGCUGGGAGGCCAAGAUCGACAAGACCACCAACCGCAUCUUUUACGUGGACCACAACACGCGCUCCACCACCUGGGAGCGCCCACCGGUGCCCUCCUCGGGCCGCCUCACCUCCGAGUCGCUCAGCGCCCUCUUCCUGCCCGGCUGCGGGCCCAGCGGCACCACCGGCGGGGCGGCAACAGGGCCCGCCGGCGGGACAGCAUCCUCGGUUGGCGGGGCACUGGGCAGCAGCAGCUACCCUCACCGGGCAGCAGGCCAGGAGGUGGUGCGUCCGGGUUCUAUCAGCGGUGCCGGCGGGUAUGCAGGUGGCGCCGGUGGUGGAUUGAUGUCGCUGACUGUCACUCCUCGUAGUACAGAGUCGCCAACCGAACCCCCGGGGCAGCAAGUGCGUGCGGGCCCAACCGGCGGCGGCCACCAUCGGAGCGACUCGGGCGACUCAGACGAGCGCCUGGAGCCCCUGACGCCCUGGUGUCUGCUGCGCGCGGGCAAGGUGGCGCCCAUCAGCCGCCGCAUCCACCCCGAGGCGCUCUCCGUGUUGGCGGAGCUGUUCCUGGUGAACGGCGACAUGUGCGCCUGGCUGUACACCGGGUCGCAGGCCAUGCACAGCGAGCGCAUCCUCAUUUUUGAGCCCGAGAACUCCAAGCUGCGCAAGGCGGGUGUGGGCGCGUACGGCAAUGCCCUGGUGGCGGUCAAGCGGCGCUACAAUAACGUGCUUGUCGACAAGGAGAAGCAGCAGAUGAUUGACGUGUUUCUGGGCUACAAGCAGAGCGAGUACUUCCCGUCCUCCUGGCUGGCCUACCGCGUGUUGGACAAGGAGGGGGUGCCGCUGGAGGGCGACGAGUGCAGCGACCUGGACAUCGAACCGGUGGGGCAGAUCGACUGGCCGCUGCCGGAGCGCAACGCGGCGCACCACAUGCACGCGCUGUACGGCCUGCACGGACACCACAUCAGCACGCCGCCCGGCAGCGGCAGCACGCUGAGCCUUGGGGGUGGCGGAGGCGGGUUGGGUCACGUGUACAGUGCUGGGGACUUGGAGCGGGCUGGCGGCAGUGGGGGAGGCGCGGGCGAAAGCCGGCAUUACCGUCGCGGCAAGUCCAUGAGCACGGAGAAGCUGGAGGGGCAGGUUAGGCACCUGAGCUUGCGGAGAGAGCAGCCAGAACCGGAGCAGCCGCGGACCAUGCGCAGGACCGGCAGCGAGGCUGCACUGAUGAGCAUGGACUCUGCCAACUCGGUUGACCUCAUCAACUUCGGCGGGCCAGACAGCGAGACGUCGUCCGUAGCGUCGGCGUCCAUGGUGUACCGGCCUGCUUCGGGCACGGGGGCGGCGGCGGCAGGCGGCGAUGCGUCGGCCCCCAUGCACCGCUCCGUAAGCGAGGGCUUCAUGCUUACCAGCGUGAACUCGUCAAACAAUGCGGGGGCAGCGGGAGCAUCAGAGGCUGCGCCUGGGGCCUUCGGAGGUGGCGUGGGCGCCCUGCCUUUGCAGCCCAAUUCCCCGGCCGUUGGUUUCAGCGACUGGGCAUGCUUUGACGAGCCCAGAGGCAGUAGCACUCCGGACCGCUUGUUCCCCAAGCCGGGCGGCCCGCCGGCUGGUCUCAAGCCAGCCCUCAAGAAGCCGCCCACUCCCCAGCAGCAGCAACAACAGCAGCAAGCACCGCCUGAGACGCAAAGGGCGCAGAGAGCGGUGGCGGUUGAUCCGCUGGCGUCGCUUGCCACGACUGACCUUAUCUGAUAGACAAGUUGCAGGUACUGCGGUACGCGACAGUAUAGUGGCGGUGGUGUUGGAGAUUGCGCAGUCUUGUUUAUGAACAGUGGGAAGUGAUGGCGGCGGUCAAGAUUUCCGGGAUUUGGGGUUUGGAGGGAUUCUUGGGCUGUGACGAUUAGAAGGAUAGAGCUGGUAGCUAAAGUGCGAAUCGCAGUCCGCAGUGGUGCAUAUGUUGCUAGUGCAGCGGAGGGGGCUUGGGGGCUGGUAUUGCGGCAAGCCGUAAUACCUUUCGUCCACUUGCUUCAGGGAGGGCCUGGAGACCUGUGGUGAUCUGUGGCAGGGCCUACGGUGACAUUUUGACUCGAGACCUUGUACAACUUGACAUUCUACUGUUACACAGUUACACCGGCGACAAGCGCAUCAUGGAUGACAUGUUGCGUAACAGCUAUUUAGGUCAGGUCAGGUGCUUUGGAGUUGCGUUUGCAUUCCAUUAAUGCACUGUAAUGCCGUGUCAAACAACGCGUGAAUUGGGCAGCUUCAGGUGUGGAACGCUGGUCGACUGUUUUGACGUCUAGCGCAUUCUUCUGUCCACUUAUGGAACCGUGUGGCUGGGGUAGGGUAGGCAUGGGCAACGUGGCGUCCUUCAGUCAAGUGUUUGCUUUUCAUUGGUUACAUGCAUGUUAACGUAUGCAUUUGCAUUCUUCAUAUGGUUGGGGGUUAACGGACAGGCUGCAGCUGGUGCUAGGUGAGGGCGGAUACAGGAUAAAGAAACUCAAUCCUUGGGCGCUGACUUGCCUCUGGUGUUCACGUCGAGCUUGUGGCUGACGUGCGUGCUAUUGAGACACGUCUUUUGCUUACACUGGGGCUGGGACUUGACGCCUGCCACAGAUCACGGCUGGGGACUUGUUCCUCGGUGUGUGGUGCUCUCGGGAGCUGGAGGGGACGUUUGGAACGGUCCAUAUAUGGUGUGUUUGUGCGAUUGCGCUGUGACCUGUGUCAUCCAGAGCUGUGGAAACGGAUCGCGUUGGAGUUGACCCUUUCUUUUAUACGCAUCGGUCCGUAUCCGGUCUUUAUCCGUCGAGAGGAGCGUCUUUCGUUUUACCUGUAUCGAGGUUUUGAGAGCUUGACCUCGGUACUGCCUAUGUUAAGUAGACGUGGAUGCUGGCAUUAUGCACGUAAGCAGGUGACUUCAAUGUUGAGGUACGCUGUAAGCAAUACUUCUCCGUG